CUGGUGCUCAACUGCGUGGGCCCGUAUAGAUUUUUUGGCGAACCUGUGGUAAAAGCUUGUGUUGAAAAUGGUGCAAGCUGCAUUGACAUCAGUGGAGAACCUCAGUUUCUGGAAGGAAUGUACCUGAAGUACAACGAAAAGGCUGCAGAGAAGGGAGUCUAUAUCAUUGGAAGUUGUGGCUUUGACUCUAUACCAGCAGAUAUGGGAGUACUCUUCACCAGAGACAAUUUGAAAGGUACCUUAACAGCUGUGGAAAGUUUUUUGACAGUGAAAUCUGGACCUGAGGGAGCUUGUAUACAUGAUGGGACCUGGAAGUCAGCUAUUUAUGGCGUUUCAGAUCAAGAGAAUCUGAAGAAGCUUCGAAAACAGAUAGGAUAUACCCCAGUUCCAGUCAUUGGUGCAAAACUUAAAAGAAGAGGCCUUGUGUUUUACAGUCAGGAAUUCAAAGAGUACUCCAUUCCAUUCAUGGGAUCUGAUGUUUCUGUUGUGAAGCGUUCUCAGCGCUAUUUGCACACACAGCUGCAGGAAACACCAGUGCAGUACGCUGCUUAUGUAAAUGUAGGUGGUCUGGGCUCUGUUGUGAAGCUGAUUUUUGCUGGCCUUUUAUUUCUUCUUCUUGUGAAAUUCAGUUUUGGAAGAAAACUUCUGGUAAAAUACCCGGAAUUUUUCUCUGCUGGCCGUUUCACAAAGAAAGGACCAACACAGAAACAGAUGGAUGAAACUUCCUUUACAAUGACCUUUUUUGGUGAGGGCUACAGUGAAGGGCAAGAUCCCCAGAAGGGCAAACCAAAUGUAAAGAUCUGUACCCAAGUGAAAGGGCCAGAGGCGGGCUAUAUUGCUACACCAAUUGCAAUGGUUCAAGCAGGUGUGGCUCUGCUGGAAGAAGCAGCUUGUCUGCCUGCACAAGGUGGUGUAUACUCUCCAGGAGCUGCCUUCUCUAAAACAAAACUGAUCGAUCGCCUCAACAAACGUGGUUUGGAGUUUUCAGUUAUUACCAAGCCUGAAGUCUGAAGUCAAACGCUAAACUGCAUAAAUUAACAUCUGGGUCUAAUUCCAA